CUUCUUUCACUUAGCAUAUUUUCAAGGUUCAUAUUAUAGCAUGUAUCUGUACUUCUUUCCUUCUUAUGACUGAAUAAUAAGCUCAUGUAUAGAUAUACCACAUUUUAUGUAUCCAUUUAUCAGUUGGUAGACAUUUGUGUUGUUUCCACGUUGGGCUAUUAUAAUGCUGCUGCGAAAUUCGUGUACAGGUUUUGUGCAGACAUAUGUUUUCAGUUCUCUUGGGUACAUACCUAGGAGUGGAAUUGCUGAGUCAUGUGAUAACUCUGUGUUGAACCAUUUUAGGAGCUGCCAAACUGUCUUCCAAAGCAGCUGCAUCAUUUUACAUUCCCACCAGUAGUGUACAAGGGUUCCAGUUUCUUCACAGCCUCACCAACACUUGUUCUUUUAGCCGUCAAAGUUACUUUUGAGUAAAGUCAUAGUCUUUUUAUUACAGCCAUCCUAGUGGAUAUGAAGUGGUAUCUCAUUAUGAUUUUUUUAAAUAAAUUUAUUUAUUUUAUUUAUUUAUUUUUGGCUACAUUGGGUCUUCCUUGCUGUGCAUGGGCUUUCUCUAGUUGCAGUGAGCGGGGGCUACUCUUCCUUGAGGUGUGUAUGCUUCUCAUUGCGGUGGCUUCUCUUUGUUGAGGAGCAUGGGCUCUGGUCGUAUGGGCUUCAGUAGUUGUAGCACGCGGACUCAGUAGUUGUCGCUCGCCGGCUCUAGAGCUCAGGCUCAGUAGUUAUGGUGCAUGGGCUUAGUUGCUCCGCAGCAUGUGGGAUCUUCCCGGACCAGGGAUCGAAUCCAUGUCCCCUGCAUUGACAGACGGAUUCUUAACCACUGAGCCACCAGGGAAGUCCCUCUCCUUAUGAUUUUGAUUUGCAUUUCCCUAUGGCUCCCUAUUAAAGGUUUAAUAUCCUACUCAUCCUUCAAGGUACAACCCAAACAUCUUACUUGAGAAACUUUUCCCUCAGGAAUUGUUUCUUCUUUCAUGUUCUUAUACCAUUUUGCUUGGAUCCCUAUUAGCACACAUAUUUUUUUCUGCUAGUUAUCUAGAUUGUACGCUCUGGUUUGUGAAGUACUUAAUGGCUUCUUGUGAGUGUGUGUUUAAAUUUAUUAUGAAAUAUUUCACUUACACUCUUACUCAUCUGUGAGUCCCCACUGCAUCAAGCAGGGCUUGGACAUAUUUGCAUUCAGAUAUUUAUUGAAUGAUUCAAAUAAUGCAAAGGGUCUCAUGAGUGAAUAUUAGGAGGUCUGUUACUUUGCAGGGAAAGUGGACUUUCUCUUAUUAGGAGACAUUAUGACAGAACUCAGAAAAUAAUGUAUUUUUAGACAAAAAUGUUCAGAUGUGUUAUAUGUCCCAGAGACCACUGGCUUUAGGAACUUGUCUUGUGGAUCAUCAAUAUCCAGGUUGUAAUAGGAAUUUUGAUGUCAGGCCACUGGAUUGUGUAUCUGUGAGACUUUCUUAGGCGUUUAUUAAGAUGAUACACAAUUAGCAAAUCCCCUAAGUUUAUUUUACUCCUUUUAGCAAAUAUCCAUGCUUAUACUCUAUGCCAGGAACUUCACUGGGCACUAGACAUGGGAUGGAGUUUUCUCCUGCUCUGGUGACAGUAAGAGUUAAGGGCUUAGGAUGGGGAUAACUUUGAUAGCAAAUGAAUGGAUACAGGGUUUGUGAAUUUUAUUAAACCAGGCAAAAUGAACACUUGAUCAGAGAACCGUAUUUUCAGAAUAAAGACAGUGUUUCAGUUACAUUAAUUUUUAAGUAGCUCAUCUGACUGGAUCAUUCUUUUAAAGAUCUGAUGAAAACUUAGUGAUUGGGAAGUAGGCCUUGUAUCACUUCUACCAUUAUGAUCUCUUGCAAGAGAGCAAAAGGAAGAAUGCCCUCUUGUCUCCUAGUUUCCUGUAACUCAGCAAGACAGGAAACAUAAAGUUCCUUGCUACAGGAAGACGGGAGUUUGAUUUUUCUUUUUCUGGAUGAAGAUGAAGGAGUUAUAUAUUUCUCUAUCCCCAUACUAUAAGCCCUUCCCCGGAUUAUUAUCCCAGAGAUUCUUAUGGGAUAUUUUAUAGGACAGUUCUCUAACCAUCCUUCAAAUACCACCCCACCAAUCUUUAGGAAAUUAAAGUCUCUUCAGUAUUUUAUCUAAAAGGCCUCAGCCCUAGACAGUAAAAGAAGAACAAGACAUAAGGAAUCGUUUUAUAAUCUAGACAUAAGUAACUUUCUGAGGAGGUCAGAGAGAGGUAGUUCUGAAGAUGGUCAGGGCCUGCUUACUAAGUAGUUAUCUCGCUGCCUGCCUCAUAGGCUCAAAUCUCUUCAUGUGCUUUCCAUAAAAACAUCUCUCCAGAGUUUUCCUGGAUCCUUAAGAACUUCUGGGGGGUGGGGGGACUUCCCUGGCAGCGCGGUGGUUAAGAAUCCGCCUGCCAGUGUAGGGAACACGGGUUUGAGCCCUGGUCCAGGAAGAUCCCACAUGCUGUGGAGCAGCUAAGCCUGUGUGCCGCAACUACUGAGCCUGCGCUCUAGAGCCCGCGAGCCGCAACUACUGAGUCCAUGUGCCACAGCUACUGAAGCCUACACACCUAGAGCCCAUGCUCUGCAACAAGAGAAGCCACUGCAAUGAGAAGCCCACACCACAAUGAAGAGUAGCCCCCGCUCGCUGCAACUAGAGAAAGCCCACGUGCAGCAACGAAGACCCAAUGCAGCCAAUAAAUAAAUAAAUAAAAAUUAAAAAAAAAAAAAAGAACUGCUGGGGAAGCAUCAAGUCUCUGCAGACAAAUAACAGCUCAACUUGGCCAUAUGUGUCGUUGUCUCAGCCAAUGGCACCACCUAGUCCAAGCAACAGCACCCCUAACAGCAGCAGUGGGAGCACUGUAAAUGACCAGCUGAGUAAAACCAACCUCUACAUCCGGGGAUUGCAGCCAAGCACUACCGACCAGGACCUAGUCAAGUUGUGUCAGUCAUAUGGCAAGAUUGUCUCCACUAAGGCCAUACUGGACAAGACCACAAACAAAUGCAAAGGCUAUGGCUUUGUGGACUUUGACAGUCCUUCAGCAGCACAGAAAGCUGUAACAGCACUGAAAGCCAGUGGUGUGCAAGCACAGAUGGCAAAGCAACAGGAGCAGGACCCCACAAAUUUAUACAUCUCAAACCUCCCGCUGUCAAUGGAUGAGCAAGAACUGGAGGGAAUGCUGAAGCCCUUUGGCCAGGUUAUUUCCACUAGAAUCCUUCGAGACACCAGUGGGACCAGCAGAGGGGUUGGCUUUGCAAGGAUGGAGUCCACAGAGAAGUGUGAAGCCAUCAUCACCCACUUUAAUGGAAAAUAUAUUAAGACACCCCCUGGAGUACCAGCCCCAUCUGAUCCCUUGCUUUGCAAAUUUGCUGAUGGGGGUCCAAAGAAACGACAGAACCAAGGAAAAUUUAUGCAAAAUGGACGGGCCUGGCCAAGGAAUGGAGACAUGGGUGGUAUGGCCUUGACCUAUGACCCCACCACAGCUCUUCAGAAUGGGUUUUACCCAGCUCCUUAUAACAUCACCCCCAACAGGAUGCUUGCUCAGUCUGCACUGUCCCCGUAUCUUCCAUCUCCUGUGUCUUCAUAUCAGAGAGUAACUCAGACAUCUCCUCUACAAGUACCUAACCUGUCUUGGAUGCACCACCAGUCAUACCUCAUGCAGCCUUCAGGUUCAGUUCUGACACCAGGAAUGGAUCAUCCUAUUUCUCUCCAGCCUGCCUCCAUGAUGGGACCUCUUACCCAGCAACUGGGCCACCUCUCGCUCAGCAGCACGGGCACAUAUAUGCCAACAGCUGCAGCUAUGCAAGGAGCGUACAUCUCCCAGUACACCCCUGUGCCUUCUUCCAGUGUUUCAGUUGAGGAGAGCGGCAGCCAGCAAAAUCAAGUGACGGUGGAUGCUCCCUCAGACCAUGGGGUCUAUUCUUUCCAGUUCAACAAGUAACAGUGGAUUUCCCUCCCCAUCUUUGUUGAGUAUAUAAAUGAAUUCUUGGAGAUGCUGAUGCUCCAGACUCCAGAGGGCUGACCAGGAAUACAGCCCCUCUGUGGGCCCAGCUGAGGACUAACACUUGGUCAUCGGUUUUCACAGGCCUGGGCCUGGAAAAAGAAGUCUCUGCACUCCUGCCCUCUGCUCUUCCUCCACUCCUGGUGGAGCCUGGAGGAACUGUCACUUUUUGUGUGUGCUACAGUCGAGGAGACCAAAAAGACUUCUUUUAUUUUGUGAAGAAAGUUUUAUGUUUUGUUUUAAACUGCAAUAUACUCUUUCCCUACCCCAAA